AUGUGUAUAUGUGCCGGUCAUAAGCGCCAUUGCCGCCUGAAAACCACUCAACUUCGCUACGACACGCCGUAUUCCAACGUCACUCAUCAUCAUCAAUCGCAGAGAUCGAUGCGACUGCUUAUCCUCGCUUUCGUGGUACCCUGCAUCCUGGCCGUCAUGGGCGAAAAGUUCAUUGUCGAGUUCGGCAGCAGCAAGGACGAAGACAGAGAAGCCCUCAUCACCAAGUUGACCGCCGACGAGAGGACCAAAGUCGUCAAACGUUUUGAUCACGUGGUCUUCUCCGGCGUCGUGAUCGAGACCGGUAACCACAACCUCGACACUCUCCGGGCCAUCCCGAAUGUCGGCAAUGUGUGGCCGUCAAGGAACGAGGGGAUGCUAGGGGCGCUUGGCGGGUCGCAGUCAUGAAGGGGCAAAGUGAACAGAGCA